CGGACCUCCACCCUCCCUCAGGAUCAGGUUCAGCCCUAAUCUGAGGGAUCUCUCCGCUUCCCUUCACUCCUGCUCAGGUCUCCAACAUGGACCUGCUGAAUUUUCUGCUUUUUGUCGCAGCCGCCGCCUGCACAGUGCAAGUUUCUCAUCAAGGUCCAAACCAGCGCAGGCUUUACAAAGACCUGAUGAAAAACUACAACCCGCUGGAGAGACCCGUCGCCAACGACUCCCAGACUCUCACUGUUGACUUCGGCCUCAGCCUGCGGCAGAUCAUGGAUGUGGAUGAAAAGAACCAGGUUUUAACAACCAACAUCUGGCUCCAGCUGUACUGGUACGACCACUACCUCCGCUGGGAUCCAGCCGACUAUCCAGGAGUGGCCAACGUCAGAUUUCCCGACCACCUCAUCUGGAAGCCCGACAUUCUGCUGUACAACAGCGCAGAUGAACGGUUUGAUGCUACGUUCCACACCAACAUUGUGAUCAACUCCUCGGGAAACUGCUCCUACUUACCUCCAGGGAUCUUCAAGAGCACCUGCAGCAUCGAUGUGCGCUGGUUCCCCUUCGACGUCCAGAAGUGUGAGCUGAAGUUUGGUUCCUGGACGUACGGAGGCUACGCUCUGGACCUGAAGAUGCUGGAGCCGGACAUCACCGGCUACAUCCCCAACGGAGAGUGGGAUCUCGUUGAGGUUCCAGGGACGAAAAACCAGCGCGUCUACGAAUGCUGCGAGGAGCCGUAUCCGGACGUCACCUUCACCGUGGUCAUGCGCAGACGGACUCUUUACUACGGCCUCAACCUGCUCAUCCCCUGCGUCCUCAUCUCCACUCUGGCUCUGCUCGUCUUCCUGUUGCCCGCCGACUCCGGGGAGAAGAUCUCUCUAGGCAUCACAGUGCUGCUCUCCCUGACUGUCUUCAUGCUGCUGGUUGCAGAGAUUAUGCCCGCCACGUCGGACUCAGUGCCGUUAAUAGCUCAGUACUUUGCCACCACUAUGGUGAUUGUUGGUCUCUCCGUCAUUGCCACAGUUCUCGUCUUGCAAUACCACCACCAUGACCCCGAUGGAGGCAAGAUGCCCAAGUGGACCCGUGUGGUCCUGUUGAACUGGUGCGCCUGGUUCCUGCGUAUGAAGCGUCCCGGGGAGGAUCGAGUUCGCUCGGCCUGCCACAACAAGGGUCCCCGGAGCAGCCUGACCAGCAUGGAGCUCAACGCUAGCGCCUCCCAGUCCACCAACGGCAACAUGCUGUACGUGGGCGGCCGCGGCGUGGACGGCCUCCACUACUCCACCGCCGCCACGUCACCCGACUCCGGCGUCCUCUGUGGACGGGUGGUGGGACGAGCCGGCGAGGAGGAGCUGCUGCUGCCUUCAGGUCAGAGCUCCUCGACGGGAGGCGUGGUGGAGGUGGAGCUGGCCAAGAUCCUGGACGAGCUACGCUACAUCGCCAAACGCUUCCACAACCAAGAUGAGGACGAGAUCGUGUGCAACGAGUGGAAGUUUGCCGCGUCCGUUAUCGACAGGCUUUGCCUCAUGGCCUUCUCCAUCUUCACAAUCCUCUGCACCAUCGGCAUCCUCAUGUCAGCGCCCAACUUUGUGGAGGCCAUUUCUAAAGACUUUUUCAACUGAAGGCAUUAUUGGCAAACAAAAGGCUCGACCAAUCACUCUUCUCAUGCGGCGCUUUUCCACUAGCACCUACUUGGCUCGACUCUACUCGACUCUGUUUAGGCCGUUAACCGUUACAACUGAGUACCACCUCAUUGCCACCAAAGACAUAAAAGUCUCGACCUCUUGAUUCGCCCUCGGUACAGGUCUGGUGUGUCGUCACACCCUGUCCAAUCAGUGGUCUGCACUCUGUAGACAUCACAUUAUCGGCUCCAAUCAGCUCGCUUGGAACCCCGGCCCAGUAGGAACUAAAACAGUAUCUGGUACUACGUCCUAAAGGAAAACCUCACAAACCCAGUAGGCUCUGGUGGAAAAGCGCCAAUAGAGUCACCAUUUGGAAACUCAUCUGGCAGCAUUUUCAGUUCAAUCUGCGAAUCUGAGACUUGCAUAUGAACAAAUAUUUAGCCAACAAAGUCAAAUUCAGGCCUUGUGACUUAGUUAAAAUACAUUAUGUGCUGUUGGUGAAUUUUUAAUUAGCUGUGUUUUCUCUCAAACAGCCCAGCGUACUGAAAGAACAUCAUCUAAUUCUGAUCUUCUUGUGCUGUUUGACUCUAAAACUCCAUCCUACAGAGCUUUGUUUAAGUGGUGUACUUUGCUAACCUACAACCAGUGCAGCUGUGGUUUGUUCUGUGCUGUGAUCUGUGUAUUCUUUAAAUUUGUCUAUUCUCACACAAGUAUGACUAAAAUCUAUUCUAUAUACAAACAGCUCCAGUAUCUUGUAUUGAAAUGUGUUUGUUGUAUCACAUAAAUGCUAUUAUAUCUAAAACCAUGUUGUAUCGUUGUUAAUCACCUUUGUGUACGUGCAGAUUAUUGUUUAUUACUGUUUUAUUUGAAGAACCUAGCACCUCAUUCUAACAAUGUUUGCACAUGUUCCUACUGACUCACUUUUAUUAAAACAUUUUGUGAUGGUUAAGAAUUACUGCGAGGUCAGAUCGGUCUGUUUUCUUUUUAUAUCAGCUUCAGUUUUGUUUGUUUCUCUUCUUGGUCACUGUGAGAUAACACAAAUAAAUGUAUUCUUUCUAAUGCAGAAAGCAGACUGAA